UUGUUUCUAAUAUUUUAUUUUCUGUUUUUAAUUCUUCUGCUUUUAAUUUUGAUUCUGUUGUUGUUGUCUUCUCUAAUGUUGUUUUUAAUGUUUCUUCUGUUGUUUUUAUGUUUGUUUCUGAUACUAAUAAUUCUGUUGUUUCUGAAGUUUUCCCUUCUUUUUCUGUUGGUGUUUCUGUUGUCUGUUCUGGUUUUUCAUUUAAUUCUGAUGUUUUUGUUGUUGGUAUUUCUAUUGCUGUUUUUGUUGCUUCCACCGUUGUUUCUAUUUUCUCUAUUUUUGUUUCUGUUGUUGUUUCUACUUUAUUAUUAUCAAUAAUUUUUGCUAUAUUUAAAUUAUUAAUUUCUUCAUUUACUAAAUUAUUGUCAAAGUUUUUUUCUUCAAUUUUAUUUGAAAUAUUUCUUAAAAAAUUUUCUUCUUCUUCAUAUGGCUCUCUUGUUUUUUCUAUUAAAUUUUCUGAUUUUCUUAUUAUUUUUGUUUCAUUAUUUCCCUCAUUUCUGUCCGUUAUUGUUUCUUCUUUCUUAUUUUCUAACAAAUUAUCACUAAUAUUUAAUUCUUCUUUUGAUUUAUUUAACAAAUCUUUUAUUAAAAAUUUAUCUAAAUCUUCAUCAAUUUCUUCAUUAAUUGUUUUAUUUAAAUUUGUUUCAAUAUUAUUUAUUUUUACUCCCAAAUUAUCCUCAUUUUCACUAUUUUUAUUAUCAAAUAAAUUAUUUGUUAAUAUUUCUUUAUUUAAAUUAAAAGCCUCAGUAAUUCCUAUAUUUUCUUCAUUUUGA